CUUCAGUUCGCGAUUGUUUCUUAUCUUUCUCAUAUCCCCCUUCUUCUUCACUUUAUUAUUCGUAAAAUUUUUCCCGGGUUACAUCUUUGCCUGCUACACAUCUUUCUUACCGUAUCCACAAUAUUCCUUUCAAUCCGCAAGUGACCCUCCCCCGCAAUGGAGGUCGCCGGCAUACAACAGCCUCCCGCCUCCAACGGUAACCACGCCAUGGAUGCGUCAAUGGAUAUCGACAUGGACUUGGACCUUGGCCCAUUGCCGGAAGCCGAAAUGAUCGAAACUGACCCUGCGGGCGGAACAGUUCAGGAUGGAGCCGUAGAUCCUCAAAGCUCAGAAGCCCAGUACGAGAAAGUGCACGUCAGAGGUGUCGACGAAUUAACGACGGAUAACAUCAAACAAUUUGCGACCGAGCACUUCACCCUCGAAGCGCCUUCCCGGGUCGAAUGGAUCGAUGACACUUCGGCAAAUAUCAUCUACUCGUCGCCUGAAAUCGGUCUCCAGGCUUUGUCGGCCUUUACGCAGGCUAGUGAAGAGGAAGAUACGUCUGAGUUACCGGCGUUGCGACUCCGAUCCGCUAAGCUCCUCUCUUCCCACCCCGAUUCCGUACUCCAGGUGAGAUCGGCCGUGAAGACCGAUCGCAAGAAGCCUCGCGCCCAUGAAGCCAGUCGUUUCUACCUUAUGCACCCCGAACACGAUCCUCGCGAGCGCCUGCGACGUGAAUUUGACGAUAGACGACGUCAAGGUGGCGGAGACGAUGGGGAUUACAGGCGGAGACGGUUCGACGGCCGGGAACUGCGGCGACGGAGGGAUCGUGACGGAGAUGAACUUAUUAGCGCUAAUAUGUAUGACGAUUCGGGGGCAGCUAGCACGGAUUAUCCCGAGACAGGAAGAGGUCGCGAUGAGCGAGGCCGGCGGCGGGACCGGGACCGGGAAUUGUUCCCAUCGGAUGAAGGACGUCCUUCCGGGCGUCUUCAGAAUCGCAGUGCUUCUCCGGGUCGAGAUACCUUGAUGGAAAGCGGAUAUUCAGAGCAUGACCGUCGCGACUCGCGCAAACACUUCCGUGAGCGAUCGCCUCAGAUCGAUCGCCGGAAUAAAGGCAAGGAACUCUUUCCAUCCUCAAAACCCUCCGGCGCCGAUGCCGAUGCCAACUCGCGAGAGCUAUUCCCGAAUAAACCAGCGACCAGUUAUCUCAAGAAGGAGCUGUUCCCUAGCAAGCACAGCAAUCAUCGUCGGUCGGAUGCCAUUGAUGCUGCAGAUGAGACGGCAGACCUGUUCUCGAAGAGAAUCUCAGUCCCUCUUGUGGAUGGUUCUCGGGAUCAACGACGGAACAAAAACGUUGAGCUUUUCCCAGACUCGGAGGAGAGCGAAGUCAAUAUCCGGGGAGCAGCUGGCCCAGACCAAGGCUUCUCGAUUCGUGGCGCGGCGAAUGGUCUCUCAAUUAAAGGACGAGGCGCAUCUGUUCGCGAGCUCUUCCCAUCCAAGUACAAAUCCAACGCUGGCAAGGAGCUGUUCUCGGAUAAGAUAGAGGGACGAGGAGGCCCACGCCGGAGGGCGGAGGAUAUGUUCAGCUGAAAAGCAUUUUAGAGAUUGCACAUCGGCGAGGAACGUGAAUUUACACUCAUUCAAUAUAAUCGGGAAUAAGGGGAGGGGGCCUUUGAGAAUCAGGUAGAAAACGUGUCUAAUGACGCCGUCCAAUUUGUGAUACCAUUUACUUUCCUCUUCUCGUUUUACUUUCUUUUAUCUUUUUCUCCGGCGUCUUCAUAUCUGAAUUUCUGCAUACUUGGUUUUUUUUUAAAAACAUGUAUUAUAGAUUCGUUAGAUUCUUGAAAACUCAAUGUGCCGUACAU